AUGAUCGAUCACAGACUUCUGACCACUAAUCCGGUCUUACUUGGUUCUUCCUUGUUACUAGUGAUUGGCUGGGCCGUUGCAUUUUGCGGCCUUUGCAUCUCCCAAGGACUUGUAUUCAAUUUAUCAUGGUGGUUUAUUAUCUAUCAAUUCAUGAUCAUGAUGUUUGUCUUCAUUGUCAUUGUCACCUCCUCCAUUGCACAAUACCGCCUUGUGGUUUUGACUUUCUUGGCAUUAAGCCUUUCAUACUGCACAGGAGAGAUAUCAAAAUACCUUCAUACUGAACUCUCCACAUCCGCAGCCAUCACCACCGGUUACAUUUUCAUAGCUAUUGUCCAGUUCCUCUGGGUUUUCAUUUUUGGCAGCACAGAGAAUUCAAAGUUGGGCAGCGUUAUCGACAACUUGACACUUCAUGCACAGGUCAUGCCGACGGCAGCAGUCGCGGCUCCUGCCAUGGUCCAGACCAAGACUUACGCCACACCCGCAUACAGUCCUCCCCGAGGCAAUGGUAGCCAGACCACACUUCAACAGCAGCAAAGCAUCAAGCAUACAUCUUAUGUUUCGAACAGCAAUCAAAGUGCUCCCGACGGCGAAAAUACUGUGGUGGUUAGUCCGAAUGCGGAAUAUCCACUUGAUGUGGUUGCACUACAUUCAUACGACGCCAACCCUGAUGACCCGAACGAACUCUCAUUUACCAAAGGCGACGUUUUGCAAGUCCACGAUAAGCGAGGCAACUGGUGGCAGGCUCGCAAAGCCGACGGGUCAGUCGGCAUCGUGCCGUCUAACUAUUUCUCAAGGGAUUAAAGGAAUCGUUCAAAGUAAAACAUCUCGUCUACCGUCGACAGCAUCAUCAGACCUUUGCUUUCUCUACAUCAUGAAAGUUCCAUGGCAUAUUCACAUUUUUUAAGCUAUCUAUCUAUUCCGUUAUCAUUUGUUCCUUCAUGGCAUGCCAUACUGU